UGAUUCAAGCCACGGCUUCAUCAUGGACGGCAGCAUGUGGCAGAUCGUCCUCACCGUGAACAGCGCGCUCUGGAGGUUCCUGAUCAUCCUGACCCACACUUGCCCACUAGUCACAUCUGGCUGUGGAGGAUCGUGGUCAGCCCUGCGAGGUCACAUAACGUCACCAGGUUAUCCAAGCUCAUACACCCGUGGUCCAACAUGCGUCUACAACAUAACAUCACCAUCUACCGGGCGGAGGAUACAGAUGACAACUGGCAAGUUAGACCUAGGUUCGUCCGACAUUUUUCAGGUAAUGGAUUCCUCCAACCAGGUGAUAUUCAGAAAAGGCGGGAAGACAGGCCCCUUCAUCUUGCCCUCUUCAACGUCAUACUUAGUCUCAUUCGUUCGAAAAACCACGUUCUACUUCUAUGGAUUCAAAGCGACGUGGGUCGAUUGUGGCGGGGACUGGACGGGCGAUACCGGUAGCUUCCUCUCACCAAACUACCCCGAUAGAUAUCACAAACAGGCGAGUUGCUUCUACACCAUCAAACCCAGCAGCGACAACAUGAUCCUCCUAACCGUGGAAAAACUCAGUUUACCACCCAAACAAAGUCUAAAGGUGAUAGAUGCCGGUGGACAUACGUUCAACCCCCUGUCAUCUCAAGUAGAGUUCCAGCACUAUGGACCCUCAUCGUCCUUCAUGUUAGACUUCACGGUCACCGGUAGUGUCAACAGCAACGGCUUCCAUGUAACUUGGCAAGCUGUGCCACCAAGAGUCAAUCCCUCUCCAUCGCUCAGUUCGGUUCUCAACGCGACGCCUUGUGAGCCCCGGAAGUUAACGAUGGUCUCCUCAGCAGGACUCAAACUCUCGUCUACGUCUCCAGGAGCCUUGGGUUCGUUCGAGUGUUUGAAAGCGUGCCUUUCGGACCUGCGAUGUUCUCAUUUCUACGUCUCGCAUAAACAGUGUUUUACCCUCCGACCAGACAACAUCACUAGCACACCAAUCGCGUCUAAAAUCUACCAAAUAAAAGAUUUUAUGUAAGCGAACAAAAAUUGUAAGGUGUGAAUGCGUGCGGGCGUGCGUGUGUCUACGUGGGUGCUGAUGACAUACAGUCCGUUUGGCUCAAAAGCGGACCGAUGAAUUGCAGUCUAACUCG